AUGCCGGCACAGGCAAAGGCAGAUGCUAAUGCCCCUGCCAAGUUUCGGCAGAUGGACAGCGAGCGAGUGCACAAUGGGGUUACCCAGAAGGGGGUUCAAGUGUUGCAGCCGCUUCGUUUCUUCGUUCCGGAGGAUGCCAUGAAAGUGGUGGAUGUGUUGCGACCUGCUGUAGAAGCUCGACUUGCGGAUAUCAAGGCCUCCUCAGACCGGCCUGUGGUGACGGUCUACGACGCGACAAUGGGCCAGCAGGAUCUGAUCGAUCCGGCGAACUUUGCCAUAAUGAAGAGAUAUGUUCCGAUGCUCCUUACUGGCACGACUUUGCCAAACCCCAAGAUCCUGUCGUGCAAAGACCACCGAGCAGCGAUGCUGUACGUUGGGUCGGCCUAUGGGUUCUGGAGCCAGGCCUUUGUUUCCGCGAGAGGAAACAAAGGCAAAAUGAAGGACUGGAGUGCCCUGCAAGGGACGCGGCUACGCUGGCUAGUCUCAUAUCUUUGCAAGGUCAUCUACAGAACCCCCUUCGCCAGGACUCCGGAGGUCACGAUAUUGAAGACAAUCUUUUACAAGGUCAACAACAUGAGCCUCCCGACAAGGAAACCGAGCUCGAGUUCUGUAGACUCCGAGGUGCCAUCGGAAAUCGUAUCUGAUGUUGAGUUUGAUGAGGAGGACGAGGAGAUCAUCGAUGAUGACCUCGAGAUCUGCAGUGUGCAGAGCGAGCCCCAUGGCGAUGAUGGCGGCGACCUGCCCGUGACUGUAGAUGUGAGUGAUGAUGAAGGGGAGGCUGAAGCCCCACGGCACGCUGAGCUGAGCAUGGAGGUGCCGAGCGCCGACGAUGGGAUGCUGGUGGACGAGACUUUGGAUCUCGAUGCCAACCGUGCUGCAGAUCAUCACAGCGAGGCCAUGAACGACGUGCAGGCCAUGAUUAUGGAAAUCGACACGCCUUUGCAG